AUGGAAAUGGCUCUGUGGGAGAAAGAUACAGUUUCUUUCAGGAAGAUCUUCAUCUUGCAACUGGUAGGACUGGUGCUAACCUACAAUUUCACUGACUGUGACUUUGAGAAGAUUAGAAAGAAGUAUCAGGAAGUCAUUUAUCAAGCCCUGGAGAAAUAUAUGAAUGGGAUCAAAAGCACCGACUUCAACAACCCCAUCUACUGUGAAGACCCGCCAGAUUGCCUCACUAAAAUCGAACGCAUUACCUUCUAUCCCACCCACGGCUGCACGUCUCUCGCCAAGGAAAUCUUUGCAAUAGGAACUAAUGCUGCGCUCACUUUCCAGUGCCCAGGCUACUCCGGAAUGCAGAGAAAUAAUACCCAGGCAAAGAAGAAAAGAAAGAAAAGAGAAGUUACAACAAAUAAAUGCCGGGAACAAGUUGCAUACUUAAUAGAACUGUGGCGUCAUUUCAGUCGCAUUUUGUAGAGACAAAAUAUACCUCCCUUAAGGCUGUAUUUCAUAGCAACCAAAUAAAUCAUCUUUAUAAGGUAGAUGUAAUGUUAACUCUAACUGUGACAUGUAAAAGACUGCCGAUGGUUAUUUUUUAAUUGUAGGGUUUCUUAACUUAUUUUUGGAAGCUUCUAUUGUUUGAUAUGGAUUUAUAAGACAGGGGAAAUACUAUCCCUCAAAUGGAGGGGGAUGUAGUGGUGAUGCCUGAGCCACCGGCCCAGGUAAUUUUCGGCUGCACCUACAUAAGCCUUACUUCAGGCGAAGAAUCUAAACACGACGUAGAAGGGGAAAGUAGAAGGUUAAGGAAGGAAAAGCUUGAACCCAAUAACAUGGAAACAUCUGCUGAAAAGGCAAGCAUUUCUUCUACAUGUACUGACUGAUACUUCUUAUGUUCUCAUACCAAAAACAUACAAAAGAAGAAAAUAAAAGCAAAAGGGGGUGCACAGAAAGUUGUACAUCUAAUGAAGCAGUUUGAAAGAAUUUCCAAGCAAAAUAUUGUGGAAGUAUUAUAAAUCAAGUUUUAAGAAUUAUCUGACGGGGCCCCUGGGUGGCUCAGUCAUUAAGUGUCUGCCUUCGGCUCCAGGGUCCUGGGAUCAAGCCCCACAUCGAGCUCCCUGCUCUGCGGGAGGCCUGCUUCUCCCUCUCCCACUCCCCCUGCUUGUGUUCCCUCUCUUGCUGUGUCUCUCUCUGUCAAAUAAAUAAAUAAAAUCUUAAAAAAAAAAAAGAAUUAUCUGACAAGAGUGAUAUAUAUGCAAGUAGAUUCUGAAGAGGUGCCUUUGUUAAAGCUAAAAUAUAUAUAUUUUUAAAUUUAUGGAAUAUAUUUUUAAUUUAUUUGUAAGCACUUGUAAAAAUGUACAUAUUGCUUUGUAAUUGACGCUAUAUAUUUCUUAAUAA